AUGGUUGAUAUCGUUUUGUUCGUUUUGAUUUCAGGUGUUGAUAUCUUACAAUUUUACGACAGAGAUAUAGAACAUUAUUUAACAUCUUUGAAAGGUGGGUUGUUGUCGGAAGAUGACAUGGAGAAGUCUGAUGAAGAGGAGGAAAAUGUGCCUGAAAGUUACGACGGAGAUGAUUUACUGAAUAUGUUAGAAAGCAAUGAGGAGGACACAGAAAACUCACAAAACCACGAAAGUGACCUUCCCUUGAUUGAAAAUGAGGCAAAAACAACUAGGAUGUAG